CACACCUGAACAUCCACCACCACACCUGUACAUCCACCAGGACACCUUAACAUCCACCAGCACACCUCAACAUCCACCAGCACGCCUCAACAUCCACCAGCACGUCUCAACAUCCACCAACACACUUGUACAUCCACCACCACGCCUCAACAUCCAUCAGCACACCUCAACAUCCACCAGCACACCUCAACAUCCACCAGCACACCUAAACAUCCACCAGCACACCUCAACAUCCACCAGCACACCUCAACAUCCACCAGCACACCUCAACAUCCACCAGGACGCCUCAACAUCCACCAGCACGCCUCAACAUCCACCAGCACACCUCAACAUCCACCAGCACACCUCAACAUCCACCAGCACACCUCAACAUCCACCAGCACACCUCAACAUCCACCAGCACGCCUCAACAUCCACCAGCACGCCUCAACAUCCACCAGCACGCCUCAACAUCCACCAGCACGUCUCAACAUCCUCAACAUCCACCAAUACACUUGAACAUCCACCAGCACGCCUCAACAUCCACCAGCACGUCUCAACAUCCUCAACAUCCACCAAUACACUUGAACAUCCACCAGCACACCUCAACAUCCACCAGUACACCUCAACAUCCACCAGCACACCUCAACAUCCACCAGCACGCCUCAACAUUCACCAGCAUACCACAACAUCCACCAGCACGCCUCAACAUCCACCUUCACACCUCAACAUCCACCAACACGCCUCAACAUCCGCCAGCACGCCUCAACAUCCACCAGCACGCCUCAACAUCCACCUUCACACCUCAACAUCCACCUUCACACCUCAACAUCCACCUACACGCCUCACCAUCCGCCAGCACACCUCAACAUCCACCAGCACGCCUCAACAUCCACCAGCACGCCUCAACAUCCAUCAGCGCACACCUCAACAUCCGUCAGCACACCUCAACAUCCACCUUCACAUCUCAACAUUCACCAGCACACCUGUUCAUCCACCAACACGCCUCAACAUCCACCAGCACGCCUCAACAUCCACCAGCACGCCUCAACAUCCACCAGCACGCCUCAACAUCCACCUGCAAGCCUCAACAUCCACCAGCACGCCUCAACAUCCACCAGCACGCCUCAACAUCCACCAGCACGCCUCAACAUCCACCAGCACGCCUCAACAUCCACCAGCACGCCUCAACAUCCACCAGCACGCCUCAACAUCCACCAGCACGCAU